CAAUUGGAAAAUCGAGACAUAGGUAAUUUUAGGCGAAUCAGAAAUCAGAACAGAAUAGAAGCAAAAGCGGAAUCGAACGAACAUCGACUCGAGUGUUUGCGCUGGAGUAGCUCAAAGAAAACGAACGUCGAAAUUUGUUUGCAAAUUUGUGCGAAAUUGUUGUGACAACAUCAUUCGAUAAUAAAAGGCAGUCUAUAGAAAAACCAACUAUCGUUUCGCGCAAAUAUUCCAUAUUUCAAUAAAAAAAUAUCGCAGCGGACGACAACGGCGGUAGCUAAUACGACAGAAGAAGUGAAAAUUUUGAUGUGCUUUUAGUGUGUGUGUGAAAAUUUCAAGUUUAAAAAAUUUCAAUAGAAAAAAGUAUAUAAGACAAAAACAUCCUCUUUUUUAUUUUCUGGCAAAGAUCGGGUUGAGUUUGAGAGCAGAACAAAAAGAAAAUUACUUUAUAAGAAAGGUAAAACAAACAAGACUACAACGGCAGCUAGCGCACGCACUUGUGACAGGAGAAAAAGGUUUGCGAGAGAGAGAGAAGGCAAAAGCGGAUAAAAUCACGCAAUAAACGAUAUUAAAUUAUUUGGCAUUUUCGUUGAUUGGAAAAAAUAGUAUUAACGUAAUACUAUACGUAAUUCAUGAUUGAUGGUCAAUAGCUAUUUAAGGAAAGAAAAUUAAAAAAAAAAGUAAUAAAAUCAGCAACAGUCUAAAUUUUUGUGCAGCAGACAGCCGUUGAGAAAACUAUAUACAGCAACAGACGUUAAAAUAAUAUAUAUAUAUAUAAAAUUAUAUAUAACAGCCAUAAAUUCAAGUAAAAACUACAACAAAAAUGACUGAAGUUGAACAGCAGCCACCGCCACAAAAUGGCAUAGACCUUUCCGCUGCCGAAGAGGAUGAUAGCAGUAAAGCGCGUCCAGCCGAUAUUGAGCAGGAUAUGCGCGAAAUGGAGCGCCGCAAACGUGUUGAGGCCAUUAUGGGUUCGAAACUCUUUCGCGAGGAAUUGGAACGCAUCGUGGAUUCGGCACGUGACGGUGGCGGUAUACUGCAACAGUUAUCGGACAUAAUGGGCGUACCGACAUCGACGCGUGUGGGCAAUGUCUUCAAGGCCACCAAUUGUAUGCUGCCGAUUAAUGAUAUACGCGGCGUUGAAUCGAUGGGCUAUGCCAAGGGUGAGAAGAUUUUACGUUGCAAAUUAGCUGCCACAUUCCGUUUGUUGGAUCUGUAUGGUUGGACGCAAGGAUUGGGUGCACAAAUCACCGCACGCCUCAAGGUCGAUCAGGAGAAUUUCUUAGUGAAUCCCUAUGGCAUGAUGUAUCAUGAGAUCACAGCGUCAUCGUUGAAUAGGGUCGAUAUGCAGGGGCAGGUUAUAGAGCAGGGCACCACUAAUUUCGGCGUCAAUAAGAAUCACUUUGCCUUGCACUCGGUGGUGCAUGCUGCCCGACCAGACAUCCGUUGCGCCAUCUAUAUUGGUUGCACACCCGUCGUUGCUGUCUCCUCGUUGAAGGUUGGUCUACUGCCAUUGACCCGUGAUGCUUGUGUUUUGGGCGAAGUGACCACACACUCGUACACGGGCACACAAAUGGAUGCCGACGAACGUGAUCGUUUGGUGCGCGCACUCGGUCCCAAUUCCAAAGUGUUGAUACUCAGCAAUUAUGGUGCAUUGUGUUGUGGUGAAACCAUUGAGGAGGCAUUCUUUGCUGCCAGUCACAUUGUGAAAGCCUGUGAAACACAAUUACAACUACUGCCAGUCGGUGUGGAUAAUUUGGUAUUGAUACCGGAGGAAUCACGCAAAGCUAUUUAUGCAGAAGCGCGCCGCCCACCUGAGGAUUUGGAGAAGAAAUUCGCUGCCGCUGUGGCUACAGUCGAGGCGAAUGCUGCCGAAGCAGCUGCCACCACGGCCGAAGCAGGUGGUGCUGCUGUUGCCGCAAAGUCUACUGCUGGUGCACCCAAGUGGCGUGUGGGUGGUGCUGAAUUUGAGGCACUCAUGCGUAUGUUGGAUAAUGCUGGUUAUCGCACCGGUUAUAUUUAUCGCCAUCCGUUGAUCAAGUCGGAUCCACCGAAGCCGAAGAAUGAUGUUGAGCUGCCACCAGCGGUUAGCUCGCUGGGUUAUCUACUCGAGGAGGAGGAACUUUUGAAACAGGGCAUCUGGAAGAAGGGUGACCUACGCAAAGGUGGUGAUCGCAGCCGAUGGCUAAACUCGCCAAAUGUCUACCAGAAGGUUGAAGUACUGGAAACUGGCACACCCGAUCCCAAGAAGAUUACAAAGUGGGUAGCUGAAGGUUCACCAACACACUCGACACCAGUACGCAUCGAAGAUCCUUUGCAAUUUGUGCCAGCGGGAACAAAUCCAAAAGAAUUCAGACGCUUGCAACAACAAAUCAAAGACAAUCGUCGGGCUGACAAAAUAUCCGCCGGUCCACAAUCACACAUACUCGAGGGUGUUACUUGGGAUGAGGCCAAUCGUAUUAAGGAUGCGACCGUUUCAUCGGCUGGUGAUCAUGUUGUGUUAAUGGGCGCAGCCUCUAAGGGUAUCAUACAGCGUGGCUAUCAACAUAAUGCAGCUGUUUAUAAGGCACCAUAUGCCAAGAAUCCAUUCGAUAAUGUCACCGAUGAUGAGUUGAACGAAUACAAACGUACGGUGGAGCGCAAGAAGAAGAGCAUUCAUGGUGAAUAUACCGAUACUGAUUUCUCCGAAUCGGAGCCACUGAGUUCGAUGCCAAUCUCAGCACCACCACAGACGAAACAAAUAACAAUCGCAACUGCCGCAGUUAGUCAAUCAGAGCCAGAAGAUGUUUCAGAACACCAAGUGAUGAGAAUAGAAACCCAACAAGCGCCAGUUCCAAGCCAAGCCGAAGUAGUAUUGAGCGAUGCCGUAGAAAAUGCUGAUAAUUUCAUUGAAGAAGAGGGAUAUUCCAAGUCCAAGUUUGCGCCAUAUGAAAAGUUCGUGGAAAUUGCGAAUACAUGCAAAAAUUUGGCUUUAAACAGCAACCAUCAAAUUAGUAAUAUAAAUAGCAACAGAAAUAACAACAACAAUCAGUUUGAAGAUUUAAAUGCGUUUAAUAUGAAUAUUGCCACAGCUGAGUCGAACGCACAGCAUAUUUAUCAAGCCAACAAAGAGAAUAUCUUUUGCGGCAUUAGCAAUAACAACAACAGUAUCAGCAAUAGCAACAUCAAACGCAAUCCGGCGCUAAUAGCCGAACUGAAGAAAGACACCCUCUUUCAGCGACAAAAGCACAAAUUACAACCGCAAGAUUAUGAAAUGUUAGAUUGUACAAGUAGGCAGGUCCAACAUAGUAGUCAUACACCCAACAAGAGUAGUGUUAAUGAAAAGCGUUUAGGCGGUCGCGUUGGUGACAGUGGCGGCGAGGCAGUUGCUACACACGGUCAAGAGUUUUUGGGGGGUGACAUACAACAACGUAUGCAUAUGGAGUCUGUAGGUUUUCGUCCCAUACAACCGGUAGAACCGCGUCCCAAUGCAGCCGACACCAUAACCCAGCAACCGCAUUUCUGCUACAUCGGUCCCAAUAAUAAUAGUAACAAUAAUGGCGUUGCUGCUGGCUGUGCGCACACUCAACACCCACAUCACCACUGUGCUGCACACCAACACCAACGCCACCAGCAUGCGGCGCCAACUGUCGGCAUCGUUACUUUGCCGAAUUUCGAACAGACUUUCGGACAUUUGUUGGGUCGUCCAACGACAGACGUGUGUGCAGUGUACUACGCCAACUAUGCGUCCGUCUACGAGCAGGUCUAUGAGAAAGCGCAUUAUCAUGCAGACGCCGCCAAAACCGUAUCCGUGGUCACCACAACAACCGACACCGAUGAAGCCGAGAAUCCGUAUAAGAAAUCGCACGCCUGUUGCACGCCCGCUGUUUGCGAUAGCAUUUUUGAGUCGUUGCGCCGGCCGGCAGCGAAUGACAACAAUCUCAUCUUCAAUAUACCAUUCACUGUCGAAUCGCCUGAUACGACUAGCACAUCGGCGAACACGCCGCGCAAAACCCGUUUCGAUACGCCGCAAAAGCAAGCUGCUUGUGAUUGCAAGCAAGUGCAAACGCAAACCCUAACCAGUCCGUAUCGCACAUUGUCGCACUUCGGCUUCAAUUCACCACAACGCGAUCCGCAGCCCGAUCACAAGCAUAUCCCAUGUGCCAAAGAGCAAAAGAAAUAUGUGCCGUUACGCAAAUCCAUCUCUUACGAGGAGAUCUUCUCGUCGCCGCGUUAUGUCGAUCUUUGCGAGUACUGUUUUGAGAAGAUCGUACGUUUAAAGCCCGAGGUGGCACAACAAACACAAAUGCGUCUGCGUAAUCUAUGCGAUUACAAUGGUACGGGUGGUGGCGUAACUGGACGUGUGCCCGGCGGCACUUGUCCAGGUAUUAUGUAUCAGUCCGGUUCCGAUGGCAUGGCGUACGAUUAUGUUGAGUAUGCCAGCUCAGACACUACGGAGGAAACGUUACCGCCAUUCUCCUCACAACUUGAGCCGGUGCUAGAAGUGGUGGAGGAAGUAGAGCCGGAUAGCAAUGAAGAUGCACAUGGAACUAUGAAAGCCUUGCCGCCGCCAACGCAUACGCAGAGACUAAAUCGUACUUCGUCCAACUCUAGCUUCAUUGAGAAGAUUAUGCGUUUAAACUAUUCCGAAGAGUCGGCGGAUUGGAGUUAUGCGCAUACGCCACAUAAGGUCGCCAGCAGCACUAAUCUCACAUUGGAGCUGGAGCGAGCCAUAAUGGAGGAUAGCCAAAAGCAACAGCAACAACAACAUAUGAGUAAAGAUUGCACGCCAGCUUUGGAGACAAAGCACAACAAUACCGAGCGUGAAUCCGAAGUAGAUAAAGAUAAUGUGGAGAACGCCAUGACACCUUAUGUCAAUGUAGAAGAAUCGUCAGAGCCACAAGACUCGAAUACUGGCGAUAGGCGUCGUAUAUCCGUUACAGAAAUUUGGGAGUUCAUGCAGUGGCCCGAUGAGGCUGACACAACACAGGGGGAUGCUACAGAACAGUGCUUCGACAGUGGGACUGCACACCAAAAUCCAAAUAAGGGCGCUAUUUGUUUAUACUAUGAAAAUGCGCGCGAACGUAUGAUGCACGACAAUGCAUCAAACGAACAUGCUGAUCCAAUUACGGAUGGUACACCGCACAACAAUGAUGCACAUAAUGCAUCCGGCACAACAUCUGAUAAUUCGGAUAAUCAGGAACGACGGCGUUCACUGAUGACGCGUGAGGAGCGCAGUCGUCGCAAGCUUGUCUUUCAGGAACUCUGGGAAGAUCAUAUCUUCUUUCUCGACGGUAAGGAGUUGAAUUCAUUGAGCGACACUGAGUCGGCCAUUGAUGGACAACAACAAGAGCGAGGCAUGGCAAGUGCGCGCACAAUUGAGGAUGCGACUGCAAACGAUGACGUUGAUAACAGUAAUAUUGAGGCUGAAAAAGUAGAUGCGACUGCACCAACAGAUAAAGAGAGCACAAAAUACGACGUGGUAAUGGCUUUGCCGCAGGACACACCGAAACUUGUCGAGGCAGAAGUCUUUAAUAGCCGUAGCGUGAUUAUGAGGAAUUGUCCAAGUGGCACUGUCAUGCGUAUGGCGGAAGAUUAUGAGGAUUUAAAUAAGAGUACGAAAUCGGAGACGCUAAUGAAAUUGCAGAAGACAGAAAUCCGACGAUUUUCAAUACACGACUUGGCACACGCUCGUAAAGAAUAUGAAGCAACGGAAAAUCAGGCGGCUUUAAUGCUGACAACGCACACUUUUGGGGAUAAAACUCAAUAUGUAUGUGAAAAGCAAACCGAUCAAAACUAUUAUGUAAAGAGCCUGAGUCCCACAACAACCGAGACACUGCCGACGCCGCAAACUUCGAGCCUAACCAUAACAGCUGAGACUGUUAAUGAUUUUAAAGAAGCUGUAAGCAGCGAGGUCACAAUAGUGGAAACAGAAAUGUAUAAAACACACUUUGAUAAACAAGCAUUAGAGAAGACAAAGACCAAGGAGUUGAAAUUAGUCAAAGUAAAACCAGCGAAAACUUCACGCACCAAACGUAUUUCGCCGGACUUAGUCCGUAGAGGAGCAACUCAACGCGCUUCGACCCCAACCCCCUCAUUAAAGAAACCCAAGUGCCGUAGACUCUCAGCGCCACAGCCCGAAACCAUCAUAUUUGAAACGAAACUUAAUAUGCCAAAGAAUGUGGCAGUGUCAUGCGGCAUGAGCAUAGCCGGCUGCGAUGACAAACAAUCAGCACACACUUACAAUGUCAAUACCUCGCAGGAGCGUUGGUUUUUUCGUGAAGAUCAGUUGGACGAAAUUGCUGCUGACGCUGCUGCUGGUCGAAUGUAUAGGGAAAUUGGCGAAGCUGCUACCACUAUAAUUGAGAAGAACGUAGAAGAAAAGCAGGUAAUGCAUAGUAAAGUUCCAUGUAACAAAAACAACCAUAACGAAGGCGUUGUAGAGCUGGAAGUAGCUAAAAUCUUGAUCAAUGAGCUAAAGGCACCAAUAAUGGAGCGUGCAAAAGCUGGAAUGGCAUUACCAACCGAUGACCAGAAAACCAAGUCCGAUCACAAUACUAAUACUGGCACACGAAACAUACCGAAUGUUACGCGUGUCGCACGACUAACUGCCGAGGCAUUGCAGGAGGCUUCAAGUAAAGUGUAUACAGCGCCCAGAACAACAAAACGUCCACGAAGAAAGACAAAUGUGCUGUGCAAAACGUCGAGCAACGAAGCCUCGACAUCCAUACAAGCAGCAGCACAACGUACAGCGACAGAGUUGAAGUCCUUGUACGAACCCAAGUUCGAGGAAUAUGCGCUCUUCAAGCAAAACAUACAUUCGCCAACUUCACCGACACUUAGCGCCGAGCGCAAUGCCGAUGCCGAUGCCGAAGACCAUGUGCGACUAUUUGAUAAGGAUGAUAUGGAGUUUGGAGAGCUUUUGGAAUCCGACGAACAUGAGGAUCUCACUAAAUUGAACGAAGAGUACGAGGAACUACUGUUGAACGUUGAAAAUUUGCAAUUGCAAACACAAAAACAUCCACGGCAGCGUGGCGGCGAAGCGGAUUAUGCGAACAACGAUGUUGAUGACGACGACCUAGACGAAUCAGAGAGCCACUUCAAUGCAAUGGAACGUACAAUAUUGCGAAAAAUCAAGGAGAACCAGCUGAAAGAGAGCGAUGAGAUUUUCGAUAAAAUUGAAACGGCUAUACGCAAUAAAAUGACGCCUGCACAGAUCGAGCAGUUGGUCAAAGAGCAGUCACUAAAUAUGACCGAACCUGAAGCUGAUAAGACGCAAAGUUCACACAGCACUUUCACGGCAUCCACAUCAGAUUCCAGAUUUUUGUCUGCACGCACCACUUUGGGAGAGUCGGGUGGUGAUAGCAUAGUGCGAGAAGUGGCUCUAGAAGAUACGGCUUCAAGCAUUUUGGAGCGCAUAAGUGCCAGUAAUGCUGAGGAAGUUAUUGCUUACAGACGUCAAGCGAGCAGCGUUGGCGAAAGUUCGUUGCGUACGCACACGUCUUCGCUGAAUUUAAGACGUUCGCGGUCACUAACACCGUCCACUGGCAAUUGCGAGCUCUCACCACCACCACCGAAGCUCAACAAGACAACAACACCGCCACAGGAGGAGCGUCGGGCAUCAAGCGCACGCGCUUCCACAAUUGUGGCUUCUGGCGGCUGUAAACCGAAGACGGGGGCACGCACCUCAAGCAGAUGGCCACGUGUCUGCAGUUCCACGCCGGAAUUAAAGUCAACAAAACGCAAUUUCAUAUUGGAAAAUAUACGCAAUGCGUCCAUACCGCGGCAUGCUAACAGUGGCAGCAGCAGCAGUGAAGCUCGUGGUAGCUGUGUUAAACGCUUACAGGGCAAUGCACAGGCCAUAUUCUGCAAGAAUCCUUUCGGACCGCUGAGCGCCAAGAGCAAUAGCGGCAAAGUGCUAUUCACCAGCGUGUCCAAUAGCAGUUUGACCAGCUCGACUGCGUCCUCCAGUCGUACAGUGGUGAAGAGCAGUAGCCAGACUAGCAAAGAGUUGAGUCCACGCAAUUCCUCAACCGGCGUCUACACGUUCCAAUCGAAAUUGGUGCGCGGUUCGCCACGUUUCUGGGUGAGUCUUACACAACCCAGCGUUAAGAAGUUGCAAGCGCAAAGGCGACGCAGACGUUCACAACAUCGCACGUUUCGUGUGGAGCCCAAUGACUCCACGGGCAGUUUACGCGAGCACACUGAGUUGCGUGACAAUGAAGAGGACGAAAGUUGGGAAGAGGAGCAUAAGUUAGUGGCAUGUGAAGCGGCGGAAAUCGCAACUAAUAAAGUUGACGCACAGCAAGACACAACGGUUGACGCGGCACAUGGAGUUAUGAGCGUAGCUGUUGGCACAUGUACACAAGAAGUCAUUGAUGAUGGUUCCGAAUCGGCCGUUGCUGGUGCAUGUGGUGUUCGGCAUGAACUCGACGCGCUCGACGAACAAAUACAGCAAUUGCAACCGCGCUUAGACAAUUACAAGCGUAAAAUGCGCGAUUUAGGUGAUCACGUGGCCAAGUGCACACGGCACAUGGACGAUUGCAUUGCGGUGCAGGGGGAUAUUGUGGAGGAGCGACGUCAAUUGCGCGAACAAAUGACGUUGCAGCAAUAUGCGGAGCAUGUGAUGUGUCAGGUGCACACAUACUCCAUUUCGGAGACGGAGGACUAAUGUGUGUGGCUUGUAGGGACUGAACGGGUAUGGGGGUAUUAUUUUUUUAUGUAGGUGGGUUUUAAGCAUUACUUUUAUAGUUAUAUAUAUAUUUUUUUGCGUUUUUUGUUUUUUUUAUAAUUCGCAAAAUUUGAGAAUUUAAAUAACGUCCUAAGUAUAAUAGGUUUGUUUAAAUUUUCAAAUUUUUCAGUUUGAAAAUAUAAUUAAUUUGCAAAAGAAAAGAAAAAUAAUAAUUCUGAAUGGUUUUAAAGAAUAACUUGAUAAAAACUAAAAUGUUGAUAAACUUUAUAUUUUCGGCGAUUUCGGUAUUAUUU